UCCAUUCAGUUGCUCUUUAAAACCACCGCCAAGAAUGGACUUAGACGAUUUCUUUGGCAAUUUAUAUCAAUUGCACUGUGUUGAAGGAAUCGACAGAUAUUGUCGUCAUAUGGCUAGAAUAUGGCCCAAAUAAACGAGACCGAAUUCUUGACAGUGAACAGUAUGUCUACAUUCGAGAAUCUUGUUGUGGAGCUGAUUAUCAUUUAAUUGAGCAAGUUGGAUUGAUGAGAUAUCAAAAUUCAUACAAAGCAAGGCCAAAUUACAGAGAAUUAUCACUGAGUAAUGGAUGGUGUAGAAGCUCUUUACAAAUUACUGGAAAUAAAAUAAUUCACAUACAAAAUGGACGAAGGCAAAUUGAGACAGUGAGGGAAUUCUUUUAUGAUAGAUUAAAGAUAACAAUUACAGUUGAUAAGUCUGUUGUUCUGAUUAAAAAUUAUAUAAGGAUCGAACCAAAUUUUAAUGUUCGUUUAAAUUAAAGAAAUAAAAAUAUUUAUUUAAUCUAAAAAUGAAUUAAUCAAAGUUUUAAAGUUUGUCAUUUUUUAAUGACUUUUGAGUUAAUUUUGUAAAUAACAAAUCUUAAAGAAAUUUAUCGGAUUCUUAUCUGAUCGAUAAAAAUAAUCUAACAACAUGACGAGGUUAAACUAAGAGCGUAGUCAGAAAUUAGACCAGGGUAGGAAUUUAAACCUGGUGCAUAGGAUUUACAAACUAGUCCUACAAAGCUAGCAGAAGUUAAAGAGAGGUAAAACCAAGGGUGUGGAAUUGAAGAAUUACAUUUUGAUUAUUUUUGAUAAUUUUUUUGAUCUUUUUUGAUCAUUUUUUGAUCAUUUUCGAUCAUUUUUGAUCAUUUCAUCAGUACCACACCCUUGGACGCAAGCAUAUUUUCUAUUGUCACACAUUGAUUGACUGUCGCUUGGUUCUAAUUAUACUAUCAACCCGAUCGCUGGGUAAAAAACAUUUCAAUGAAUUUCAAUGUGUGCCGAUCGGGAUUUUGACUGCAAGGGAGCUUUUUUAAGGAAUCGAGUAGCAAUUGAUAAGCAUUGGAAGCGUUUAUUCAAGUUCAAAAGAAUUUCUAAAACUUCAUAUGACGAUAUCAAUGGCAAUUUAGAGCAAUAAUAGCUCAAUAUUGAUGUUUGUCACUCAUUUGUAACUGAACGGUCGCUUAAACUACUCCAAAUAAUAUUAUGGAAAUUGACGAUUUUUUCGGAAUUGUCUAUAAGCUAGACAGUAUUGAAGGAGGUGAUAGAUAUUGUGAUUAUAUGGGCAUUGGCAUCGGUAAACUAGGAGGAAUUUACAACAAACAUCAAUUCAUAAUGCUCAAACCUUCAUGUUGUGGAUUUGACUAUAACUUAAUGGAACAAAAAGGCUGUAACAGGUAUCAAAACUCCUACAGAGCAAGACAAAAUUAUCGUGAAUUAACAUUGCAUAAUGGAAUCUGUCGAAGCUCACUGAAGAUUGUUGGAAAUAGAAUAAUUCAUGAUCAAAAAGGACGGAGGCAUAUAGUCACAGUUAGAGAAUUCUCUGAGGAACGAAUGAGGACAACAAUAACUGUUGAUUCUGCUGUUACUUUAGUUAAGCAUUAUGUUAAAGUUGCAAGGAAAACAGUGAUGUAGGAAAUGCAUUAAUACCCGAAUGACACAAGUCUGUUAAUCGAUCAGAAAUCCGGUACCAAGUUUAACGGCUCUGGCCAAGGAUGUGGUACUGAUGAAAUGAUCAAAAAAUAUCAAAAAGGAUCAAAAAUGAUCAAAAUGUAAUUCUUCAGUUCCACACCCUUGGCCCUGGCGUGGUGUUGGAAUUUAAAUCGAAGCCAGCACCAUGCCAGAGUCAUUCCAGCUUGGGGUCAGAUUUCCAUUCGAUUAACCGAAUUGUGCUAUUCGAGAUAUGGGUUUACUAGGAUCAUUCUAAGCUAGCUUAUUUGUCAACUUCAACAGUUACAACUCCUUCUUGCGCUAAAUGACCCAAAUCCUUCUUAUGACCAAUAAAAGUACAAAACUCUUGCACAAAAGUAAGAAAAAUUGCAAAAAUAAACAUAUAAAUUUUACUCAACUAA